AUGGACUCGCGUGCAGCCCCAAUGCACCUCCCCAUCCCGCGAACACCGCCCCCCGCGAUUUCGCCCGCCCAACUGGGCACACCCGCCGCGGACUGGGCGGAGAACACGACGGCCAUUUUGGGCGGCACACGAGAGGCGCUGCCCCAGUGUGCGACGCCGGACCCGCAAUUCCCUGGCGCGUAUCCGGGCGAUGGGGAGGACGACGCGAGGGACGAGACGGGCGAGAUGUUCAGGGAGGCGGCGAGGGCGCUGCUUCCCGUUGGGCUCGCGGAAUAUCUCGGCGUUAGCGAGGAACCCGCAGCGAAACCAGAACCCGCUGAGCUGCAGGCGUCCGCAUCACAAACGUUCGACACUCCUCUCCCCACGCCCGACGUGCUCUCUCCUUUGCUUCCCCCAGCGCCGGCUCCGAGUCGGCAGCAGACGUCCGCGUCGGUCAUUACCACGGCCUCCUCGCCAUCGGCCGUGGGCGGGAUGUACAGCGAAGCGUCUUCGAUGUUCUCCUCGUCCGGAACGCUGAGUGUCGACGAGGGAUACGCGUUGCUCGGCUCGACGUCUACCCUAGCCACCUCGCAAGCCGAACAGAACGGUGAUAGGGCGUUGCAAGGCGGCGUCGACGACUUCCAUGGCGGCCCCGUUCCGAUCGGCAGUGCGCCAUUUACGCCCAUCCCACCCGUCGAGCACGAGGGACAGUACUUCCCGCUGACUGUCUCGCCCGAGUCGGUAACGACCGUGACACCCGCUGUGUCAGGGGAUAGGACGAACGAACAUGAGGACGGCGGAUCCACAAACCAGGCCGUGUUCACCAAGCACGGCGGUGUACACGUCAGCCCGCCCGAUGCAUCGCACACCGUCCUGCUCAACGAGGCUGAGGAGAAGGAAUUGGACUCGGUGACGGCCCUCAACGAUGAGAAGAUGGGCGAGGAUAUGAAUGCGGAUGCGCUAUCUCCGCUUAUUCCGGUGCCAUCCGUUUCCAGGAAGGGAGUCGAUACCAGCGCCGCGGAGCAAGAUGCGCCAGGCUCAGAGGUGGAGGAUGGCCGAGACGAGAUGGAGGGAAGUCCGGGUGCGCAUCGGAAAAUUACUAAGCGCCGUUCGCGGUUCGUGGAGAAAAUGAAGGUUCUCGGGGAGAAGAUACAGUUGGGAAGUCAUUGAGAGAGCUGACGUUGGCUGAACGGGGAUCGCGGCUGGAAUGACACUCGGGAUAGGAAGAUGCCACUUGUAGAAUUAGCCCGGAGGCAGAGCACGUACUUGUUGGCUCAUUGCAUGCAUUCCAUUAGCCUCGUUUGAUCACGAUGGGGCCACCUGGAGUGUGAUGUUGCCUUGCUUGUCAAGGCUUCUCCACCCUCAUAAUUCGUUUGAUCCGGUUGCACGCGGUUUGAUCCGAUGUUCCGUAUCAUUCCGCAUGUAUUUGUGCAGUCUCUCGUUUGACCCUCAUUCCAUCGUUUAUGCUUUGUUCCUUCACGUGUUAUGACUUUGGAUUGUGGCCAACGAAACACGAAGCGGCGUGAGCCGCCCUCGAGGAGAUCGAGACCACCGGGAAAUUGGUCAUCAAUAGACUGCCUGCGUACACGUUUGAUGGGCAAUUGAUGGAGCCAGAAGAGUACAUGAGCCUGUUGCCGGGUGCCACCGUUGCGCUGACGUUUGAAUUGACGCACUGGGCGUUCAAAGAACACAAGCGCGACCACUUCACAGCGAACAUCGUCAAAAUACGUGUCAUUGAAGAACGACGCCAGCUCGCUGUGUCUCCGAAAAAGCGCCGCUGGGCUGUGAAAGUCGACUUGGGUUCCAGCCCUGCCAAGAAGACCCGCUCAAAAUGAGGGGUUGCAUACAAAUCAUUGUAAUUGUAUCGUUUCUAUUGUAACUUGUGACUGCUAUUGAGUUGGUGCUUGUAAG